AUGGCUAGCACGGGGGAGUCGGCGGCAGCCCUGGAGACACCGCUUGCUGCUGAGGCCUUCCGUGAAAUGCUCAAGGACUUGGAUACGAAUGCUGCUCCUAUGAUUAAUGCUUUGGCUUGGAUAGCACUCGAGAACGAAGACGGAGCUCGGGAGAUUGCAGCGCUGCUGCUAGAGCGCCUAGAGCGAGGCGCGUCCGCGCUACAGUCGGACAAACGAGCAAACUCGCGAACAUCAUCCCUAGACAAGGUAUCGGGGGCAAAGGAUAGCGCGGUAGCAGUCUCAGAAGACGCCCUACUCGCAACGCUCUACCUGAUCGACUCGAUCAUCAAAAGAGUCGGUCCUUUCCUAGACGCUGCGCAGCGGUAUCGGAGCUAUCUCCAGGAGCAAGGUCUGGCGGCGCUGUUGCGACAGCUAAGGAAAACCCAUACCGCACUUGCCCCGAGAAUUGACAAGCUUGUAAACCUGUGGCAAGAUGCUCGAUACUUUGGACGAGCGUUCACAGAGCAGGUAUUCGAACGCGAACGAGAUGCCCCGUCGGUGCCGGCAUCCUCAGCACCGUCCACAGAGCCUGGUGCUCCGGAGCGAGCAUCGUUGCAGUCGACCGGCACAACCACGGCCAGUGCUUGGUCUAGCGUACAGCUGGCGCCGUCGUCGAGUUCCAUGGUGGACGCAGGCCGUUUGCCAGAUGCCAGUGGACCGAACGCUGACAUCCAAGUCGCCUCGGAGCGUUUGAUUCAAUUCGUCCAGCAAGGAAUCCUACCACCAGCAGAGGAUGUAACUCUCUUUGAUCGUCUCGUACAGGCGCAGCUGAGCGUGCUGGGUCCCCGCGACUGGUCUUUGCGGCAGUAUCUGGAGCAGUUGCGGAUGCAGAUGCAGGUUGCCAUCCGCUCUCUCGCUGAGGCUAAAAGAGCUUCCUGGAUGGGUGCAGGCCGGGCGCCCGGCAUGACCCCCGAUAUGCCUGGUGCGCUCAUCGGCGGCGUACAGCAAACGGUACCGCCUUCUGCGGCGGUGCCUUCGACGUUGCCGUACGGGGCUGUUCCGCCGGCUUCGUUGCAGCGACCUCUUCCAGGCUCGAACUGGAACCCCAUGGAGCACUCCGCUGCACCAGGCUAUUCCCUGAACUGGUCAGUGCCGGGCACAGCGGCAGCGGUCUCUUUCUGGGGCGGCGGAACACAUACCGCCUCAACGCACAGCCACACGAGUGCGGUAGGCGCACCGCCGAGUACUGACGAGGCUGAAAGUGUCUCUUCGGGAAGCGAGCGUCCACGACGGAAACGGCGUGAGCGCUGUGUUAGCUUUUGUGACAUCAAACGAAUUUCACCAUCGCACGCUGUUGAACAGCUCUACAACAGGCUCCCAUUAAAAGCGGAUGGUACGGGUAUUCGGUUUCGGACGCGGACACAGCUCCGGGAUCAUUUGGACUGGGUGUUCGCGGAGAAUCAGCGGACACGCCUCCGUCAACGCGGUGGUAUGUCGCGAAACUGGUUCAUGAAUGCGACUGAGUGGAUGCAACAUGCAGGUGGAUAUCCUGGUACCGGUUUCGAGUCGCCGCCAGCUGAUGCAGUAAGUGGCGGUCUGGCUCCCUCUCGCGACGCGUUCGUGGAAGCGGGGCUCGUGUUUGCAGCACCAGCCUCCUCGGAUACGGAAACGAACUUGCGAGGCACCGGUCAUGAUAACGUGGCAAGCAUGGCGACGGAGGUGAGCAGUGACCGAGCGCGACGCCUUGCCGACGGCUCUGCUGCGCCUGCUUCAACAUCGGAGGCGAUUCCGGCCAUUAUUGAGGACGCGGUUUGUCCGGUAUGUCAUGAAGAACUUGAGACUUUCUAUGAUGCCGAGAGAGAUCAGUGGCUUUGGCGUGAUGCGGUCAUGGAUACGGAAACCGGCUUUGCGUUCCAUCGUCAGUGCUAUGGCGAAGGGGUUAAUUUGCUAUUAGAUGAACGUGCGGAGCAUACCGCAGCAGCAACAGAAGAAGAAGAAGAAGAAGAAGAAAGCCCAACAGCGUCCGAGUCGGCGUACCCAGCGAAGCGUCAGCGUUCCAAGUCCGGGGACGAGCCCGGGAAAUCCGAGUUGUUCGCUGCGGCCACCGUUCCGCAAGCUGCUGUGGAGUAUGAAAAACUGCAUCAGUCGCAUCAUCAGCUCGCUGAGGAAAGCAGGUCGGUUUCACAAGGCGACACAGCCGCUCGUGAUCGUAAUGCAUUGCUUCAGAAUGCUGCAAACACGUCAACUGAUGCCCGCAAGCUGAAUGAGCAGCUGCUACCGCACACGCUUGAGUCGUCAAGAACAGAGCGGCAACCUCACGUUGUUGGGGAUGGAUCUCAGGCGACAGAGCGAUUCACAGAGCCUUCGUGCUCAGCGGAAGCAAGUUCCUCGCAAGCGUUGCGGCACUCGGAUGCAGAGGAGCUAGAGGCGCUUACCGUUCGAGAGCUGCGAGCACGCCUCGAUCGUGCGGGUGUUCCUCAUCGACAUCUGAAACGAAAGGCAGACUUAGUAGCAGCGCUCGCGGCGGAUGCAACGAGCGUCGCCCAGGAGCAUCCGUAA